GGCGGUCUGGAGGAAAGGAAGGCGCUUUGAGCUCCAACUACGGAAGCUCGGCAGCGCGGAGGCCUUCAGCGGGCUCGCGGGCGCCUGAGCUUGCUAAAAUGGGUCGCCAUUCAUCAGACACCGAAGAAGAGACUAAAAGCAGAAGAAAAAAGAAACAUCGUAAAAGGUCAUCUUCAAGCAGUUCCUCAGAUAGUAGAAGUUACAGCCAUAAAAAAUCAGGAAGAAAAUCAAGAUCACGGUCUCGAGAUGUCCAAUUUCGUUCACAUUCAUAUGAAAAAAGGCGACGGCAUCGAUCAAGCAGCAGUUCUUCGUAUGGGUCCAAAAGAAAACGGAGUCGUAGCCGAUCAAGAGCACAAGGAAAGUCAUAUCGGUCUCAGAGAUCAAGAUCAAAAAGCAGAUCAAGAAGAUCACAUUCCAGACCCCAACAACGAUCAUACAGUCGCAGCAGUGAAAGAACUAGUCACAGGAGAACCCGUAGUGGGUCUCGUGAGAAAGAAAGACGUAAAGGCAGAGAUAAAGAGAAAGCAAGGGAGAAGGAAAGAUCCAGAGGAAAAGAGAAAGAGCAGCAUUACAACAAAAGUGGAGAUGCUGGAAACAUCAAAACUGGAUUAGAACAUCUGUCUGCUGCUGAGCAAGCCAAAGCUAGAUUACAAUUGGUCCUUGAAGCUGCUGCUAAAGCUGAUGAAGCAUUAAAAGCAAAAGAGAGAAGCGAAGAAGAAGCAAAGAAGAAAAAAGAAGAUCAAGCCAGUCUUGUUGAGCAAGUAAAACGAGUCAAAGAAAUUGAAGCAAUUGAAAGUGACUCUUUUAUUCCACAGACAUUCAGAUCGAGCAAAGAAGUCAAAAAGGUCACAGAAUCUGCUGAUAUCAAAAGCGAACCGGGAAUUACAGAAGUGACAAACAUUGGUGUUGCUGUUACUGAAAAAGAAGUAAAGCCUGGAAUUAUUCCUACUUCUAUCAAAUACCAAGAUGAAAACUCACUUGCCCAUCCCAAUUUAUUUAUUGACAAGGCAGAAGCAGAAGAAAGAUGGUUCCAAAGGCUGAUGUCUCUUCGACAAGAGAGGCUAAUGGGCAGUCCCGUGGCUUGAGUGAAUUAAAUAGCCAACAUACUUUCCUUGCGUUCCAUUGUAUAAAAUUUCAUGACACAAUUGAAUGAGUAUAUAAAUAUUGCCUAGAGUGAAGGUGGAAAGUAUGAGAGGAAGAAUAUUUCUGGAAUCAGCCAACAGAUUUAUAUCAUAUUAAAGGCAUUAAGUGAAAGAAUAAUGACUAUUACUUUGCAAAACAAUUAUUUGUAGAAAUAUUUUAUGGAGUUCAUUUUCUUAGUGUAUUCCUGUUGUGGUUGAGAUUCAAACUGCUCUGCAUGUUAUUUCAUACCUGAUGGGGCAAUUCAACGUCUUCCAAGGGCAGUUCUUCUAUAUUGGCAAUUAUGCAUGAAAGACCUUAACAGUAACAAUGUAUAAAGAGAAAGAAAGAAAGAAAAACAUUAUCUUCCUACCUAAUAACGUUUUGUGACUGAAAGCUAGAACAACAAUGAGAAAACAGUUGUAUGAGAAGUGUGAUUCUGACCAUAUCUUUUAAUUAUACAAAUGACAAUAGACACGUUUUAAAUUAACAUUCAGUGGAUAUAAUAUUCAAUACACCACUAGAUACAUUAGAAAGCAAACGGGGAGGAAAGCUUUAUUUGUUAUCAUCAAAUUUUGCAAAAUCAGUAUUCAAGUGAGGACAUACACAAGAAUUGUAAAUAAUGAAUUAGAAAACAGAAAACAGAAUAACAGAGUUGGAAGCGACCUUGGAGGCCUUUUAGUCCAAUCCCCUGCUUAAGAAGGAAAUCCUACACCACUUCAGACAAAUGGUUAUCCAACAUCUUCUUUAAAAUUUCCAGUGUUGGAGCAUUCACAACUUCUGGAGGCAAGUUGUUCCAUUGAUUGGAACAGUUCUAACUGUCAGGAAAUUUCUCCUUAGUUCUAAGUUGCUUCUCUCCCUGAUUAGUUUCCACCCAUUGCUUCUUGUCCUACCCUCAGGUGCUUUGGAGAAUUGCUUGACUCCCUCUUCUUUGUGGCAGCCCCUUUGAUAUUGGAACACUGCUAUCAUGUCACCCCAGUCCUUCUUUUCAUUAAAUUAGACAUAUCCAGUUCCUGCAACCGUUCUUCAUAUGUUUUAGCUUCCAGUCCCCUAAUCAUCUUGGUUGCUCUUCUCUGCACUCUUUCUAAAGUCUCAACAUCUUUUUUACAUCAUAGCGACCAAAACUGGAUGCAGUACUCCAAGUGUGGCCUUAAAGGGCAUUAUAAAGUGGUAUUAACACUUGUGAUCUUGAUUCUAUCCCUCUGUUUAUGCAGCCUAGAACUGUGUUGCCUUUUUUGGCAGCUGCUGUACACUGCUGGCUCAUUUUUUAAUAUAUAUCCACUAAAAUAAAAAAGAGAAAACCUGACUCCUC